UUUUUUUUUUUUUUUCAAUGAACCCGCAACCGAGUAGUUCUUCUUCGCAGCAGCAACAGCAGCAGGACUCGGACGGCGUUCUGAACGUACUUCAGUCCUUCCGCUCGAAGGCGGCUCAUGCAGUGCUCCAGUCGCGCUUGGCCGAGACGCUCCUGCGCUCCCAGUCCAAGGCGUCGCCCUCUGCUGCUGCUGCCCGCGGCGGAUCGCUGGGUGCAAGCUCAAGCACAGCUGUCACAACGCCAGCUGCAGAAAAGCAGCGCAAGGUCUGGUUCAACUUGGAGAUUGACGAAACAGAUGCAGUGCGCGAGGCCGUGCGGCCCUGGCGGAACGACGUUGCCUCACAGUUGUGCGUGGAGGUCUAUCUCGAUCUGUCGCAUGUUGGAACCGACAAGGUUGUCAUUUUGAACAACAAUCGCACCGUCUUUUACAACGCAAACGCGCGUGGGCAGACAAACAAGCGAAAAAUCAUUUUGGAGCAGUGGACCUUUGCCGUUGAUCAGAGUCGAGUAUCAAACUCGCAAGCAGCACAGUCGCACGUUGUUAUUUACAAGAAACUCAUCGUGCUAUUACGCUCAAUAGUCUGUUACUUGCGCACCAUGCCAACAAACACGCUCGCGCGCAAGUGUGCUCGACGACAAAUGUCGGCCAUGGCAAUUGACUUUCAAAUCACCAGCUCGCACGUCAACAUUCCCGAGAACGAUCGAGACGGCCCAAUGUCAAACUACCAGUUCCGUUCGAUCGAUACCAAUCGCGGUCGUCUCCUUGUCGAUGUUUGCUUUCGCACCCAACUCGAAAUCAAAAUAGCCGAGUCGGAUCGGCUUCUUUCGACGCGACUUGUUGAAAACUACUUUGACAUGCCAGGGUAUCAGCCGGGAUCGACUCCCUUCGAUGGUCAUCUACAGUCGCAAGCGCUGCCAGCUGCCUCCCUGCCAACGCAGAUUGGCUCCACGCACGCUGUCGUCGGCGCGCAUGCACAGUCAUACACACAACCAACGCAACAAUCCGGGUUUUCCACGCAGCCGGCGCAGCUGCAGCAUCACCAACAACCGCAUCCACACCAGCAAGAGCAAUCAAAAGCCCCGCUUCACACACACCAUCCCCUGCCGCAUCAACACUCGGCAGCCCAGCUGUAUCACCAUCAACCCACUCAAUUGGUUCGACAGCCGCAUUCUGCGGCAGACCUCACAACGCACCUUUCCAGUGCUCUGGGUGACGGAUACCAAAACCUACUGUUUGAUCGCAUUUCCCCCACUAUGUUUGAGGAUCGGUACUCUGCCCCCACGACUGACCACGACGAUGGCGAGGCGGCGCCGCCACUUUCGUCGUUCCAGUCGCGCAGCACGGCCCCGAUCACUGCUGCGGCUGCUGCAGGUGCUGCCGGUGCUGCCGGAGCUGCUGGCAUCAGCGAAGCCAUGAACAUUUCCAAUCGAGGAUCGCUGCCCAAAAACUACAGCACGGCCAUGUUUGGCACGCCGCCGUCCUACUCGGCCCAUUACUUCAUCUCCAGCCCCCGCUCCUACGAAGCCGCUUCGGCGAUGGCGGCUGCCGCGGCCUCUGGGGCGAUUCACCAGCAACAGUCUCCUCCGGGCAUCGGAGCAAGCACGAGCAGGCGCGCAUCGGUCGUGUCGAGCGGCAGCGGAACAUGGCUGAGCAGCACUCCUCCGUUCAAGCACGCCAAUCCCUUCAAGUCCAUGAACCACCAGUCGCCACCCCAGCCGAAUCAUUCGCAACCUCAUCAGCAUCAUUCCCAUCAUUUCGAGAGCGGAGACGCUUCGCGCCUCGGCUCGUCGCGUGCUGGCUCUGGCGCCCUCGGCGAGGACACUCCAAGCCACCUUGCAGCCUCGCCGGCGCGUGCAAUUCCGAUGCCGCGUGGACGUCACCAGUCUGUCGACCCUUCCCUGGAUGAUCCGCACCAUAGUAAUGGUUGGCUCCAGUCGAAACGGACAUCGGAUGUCUCGGAUGAUGACGAUUUGACUGUGUUAAUGACUCAACUCCAGUCCGCGGAGGCGCUUCGCGUGUACUCGCGACUGGAUGCGUCCACGCAGCACUCAAUGUCGGAUAUGAUGGCCAAGUUUUCGGAUUUCAAAGCGGCCGCUGCCAAUUUUGAUUUCCCACCCAACGCCGACCAGACGACCGCUCCCGAGCAACAACCGCCUGGCCAAGGCUGAUCAACAGCAAUGGCUUUGCACUCGAAGUGAGGAGUGGCUGCUGCUUGUCGGAUGUCAAAUUAUUCUCUUCCCCCAAUUAUUCCUAACUCAAAAAUAAGGCUGAUUUUUGUAACCAACGCCGUUAAUUAAAUGCAGAGCAAAAAGUGAAACAGGCGCAAAGCGAAAGCAAAAACAACAAACCCAUCAGACUAAACAACACAAGAAAUAAACAUCCAAAAGAAAUCAAAGAGACCUG